CUGCUCACUCGGCUGCAGUUUGACAGUGCCUCGCUGUGCGCGUUUGUGUUUUGUUUUCCCGGAAGUGGAACUCUGAGAGGAGUUUUGACGGAAGUUUUGGGGACCUUUCCUUCUUCCCCGUGCAGUGGGAUCUGCUCUGGCCAUGGUGACACUGCUGCUCUUCUCACAGGCUCUGAGUGGGAGCUGCUUGUGCAGGGUAGAGAGUAAACGCACCUCCGGCGUGCAGGAGAAGAAGCUCCUCCAGGGAUUCAGUGUGGAGCAGCUCUGGGUCCUGCUGGCUCCUGCAGUCCUGCACUAGAACCUCUUCAUCCAGCACACAGCCUGCACACUGCACUGCCAGAACGACUCUCCGAGGUGCUGUUGGAGAAAACUAAUCAACACCUUCUAGCCAAUAAGAAUCAAGAUUAAGCAUGUACUGAUGUGAAAAUCCACGCAAUAACAGCAGGUGAUUAGUCUCCCUCUGUAGUGUCCCAGGAGGACAUGGAGGAGUGUAAAUUGUCCCCGGGAGGCAGCGGUCACCCCUGGAGAACUGCCAGGCUGAGAAGGAUGGCAUGGGCGCAGAGUCGAGACACAUGGCCGACCCCGGAAUCUGAAGAACCGCUCAAUAACGACAACAAGCCGAGAACAGCCUCUGAGACAGGUCCGAUCCCAAACAAAAUAGCGAGCUGGCUGAGAGAAUGCAGGACUCCGCUUGGAGUUUCUUUCGAUGAGCAGUCCAGCAGUCCAACCAAAGGACCACCAAGGAAUGGCUGUAGCUUCGAAGAUGACUUGUCCUUGGGUGCUGAAGCCCAUCUUCUCCAUAGCAGCAGUGCCAAACCUGAUCCCGGUAAUUAUGAAAUGCAAGCAACGGAGAAGAGGAGUCAGUUCAGACAGAAGGGUCGGAGUAUGAACUCCACUGGCUCAGGAAAGAGCAGCGGCACCGUGUCCAGUGUCUCAGAGCUGUUGGACCUGUAUGAAGAGGACCCAGAGGAAAUCCUCUACAACCUUGGCUUUGGCCGUGAAGAGCCUGACAUUGCCUCUAAAAUCCCCUCGCGGUUCUUCAACACAUCGUCCAAUGCCAAAGGCAUCGAUAUCAAGGUUUAUCUGGGAGCACAGAUGCAGCGCAUGGAGUUGGAAAAUCCCAACUAUGCCCUCACCAGUCGUUUUCGCCAAACUGAGGUUUUGGCCACCGUGGCCAACGUCUUCUCAGAGAUCUACUCUCAGGUCUCUGGUCGCCCAAUUCAAAAGAUCUGCUCCAAGGAGGCAGAGCCGAAAGAACCUUCCCCGCUACGGAGGAGUAGCUCCACCCUUAAUGCAGUCAAAAUCCUGAAGAAGAACAUCACCCGGCCAAACCUCAUGGCCUUGGCAGAGAUGAUGUCAACACAGUCCGCAGAAAACACAAAUUCUGACCCUGAGGGAAUGAAGAACGAGGUUUGUGAGCCUCACUCGGAUGCUGAGCUCAAACAGAAGAUGUUCAGGAGGAAAGACUCCUCUCUGGCAACAGUAACUGAGGAGUCUAAUCAAUCUGGCAUUGAUGUUUGUGACUCAAAGGCAGAAAACUCCAAACUUGUUAAUGGAGAACAAUUGUCUCCAAGUGUUGCUGAAAAACCUGAGGUGAUUCCUGAUGAUUCAGACACACCGAACUUGGUGAAGGAGCAGAGCAACGGAGAAACCACCGAAUCCAAAUCGAGUCCCAUCCCAGAAAAGCAGAAGAUGGUCUCCUCCUCUUCCAUUCCAGAUAAAGAGCCCUGCUCCUUCCUGCCCAAUCCUCACAUGGCACAUCUCCUCACACAGCCACGAGACUCCUUUGAGAUGGAAGAGUUACAGAGUAAUGAAGAUGAGGCAGUUUCUGGGGGUCACUGUUACUCCAGAGAGGGCACUGAGCCUUUACUGAGGACAACUAGUCAACAGUCAGACAGCAGUGGCUUUGCGGAAGAUCCCGCGACAGAAGGCUCGGCUAAUUUCCUGAAGGUCCAGGAGAGCUCGGACAGCUGUGACAGUGAAACGACUGUGACAUCCCAUGCGGUUGGACAUGGAACACCCGAGUCUGUGGAACACCCAGCCUUUGAAAGACUGUUAGUGGGUGAGGAGCUACUCGUGCAGACCAGUAUAGGGCUCUUUGGCCCAAUCAGAGCAAAGGAAGUCCCUGAACAUGUGCACCAACAGUUGCCAAGUCAUUAUGUCAUGGACAAGACAAGGCCAGAUACUCUGGAGACUGCUGGGUCUGAGAUAGAAAUUCAUGAUGGACUUGCUGGUUCUGCAACGGAGACAAGCUCUAGCACAGAAUCAGUCUCCACUGUAGAGUCAGCAGAUCCAGAGUCAUCUAUUGACCUGGCUUCAGUACCAAACGUACCUAAUGCAAGUGCAGAGAUGACUGCUGUUGGUGAGCAAGAUAUGAUCAUGGAGGCUGACGGGUCAAAAGAGAGAAAUUCAUCGCCAUCAAGCUCUUCCAAUCUAUUAGAACCAGUGUUAGAAGACGUACCUACCCCAGAUCAAAGUUCAGAGCCUGUUUCCGAGUCCACAGUUCAAGAAAAGGAGAACCAUAGCACCUCAGGUAGCGCCAAUGGUGCCCUGCUAAGGGCCCAGCAGAGGACAACCUCAUUUGAUGAUCAGAGGGGACGGGUUUGGAUUCGGUCAACCGACCUGCUGAGGAAUCUGGAUGAGCAAGUGAGGAACCCACUUCAAAGGUCUAGCUCUCUCCCAAACACGCUGAUGAACCCAACCCGGGUGGUGUCAUCUAUGCGCAUCCAACUAGGUCAUGGCUCAGUCAAACAGUGCACCCCACCAUGCUACAGCUAUCGUUAUGAGGCAGAACCAGAGGACAUCAUGUCAAUGGCAGAGGAAGAAGACAACAAAUCUCAGUCCAGAUACCAGUCCGAUCUUGUUGAUGGAGACUCGGUCAGCUUAAAUCCAGAGACAGAGCUACCCAACAUGGGCAUGCCUCAGCAUUUGACUCGGUCGACUAGCUCACUCUGCAGCAUCCCUGUUGAUUGGCCCUUGCGGCGUAUGGCAGAUGCUCCAGUUUGGAGCACAAACAGUGUCCCUGAUCUGACCCAGCACACAAUGAUGCCACAUCCUGCAAUUCCACGCCAUAUUCAGCAAGAACUUCCUCAAUUUCGAGGACCAUUUGGUUCCCCUUACAAGAAACCUGUUAAUUCCCCUACUCGAAGUUAUACCCCUAACAACAGCUCUUGUCCUUACACACAAAGUGGCUUAUAUUUCCAGUAUCCUCUGCCACAGAACUCACCAUAUCCUCAGCCUGUAUACACACCACCUCAUGGUUCACCGUUCCCCCAACCAAAUAUGGCUUAUACCCACCCACAAAGCAUGCCUUACCAUCCUUCACCGCCUUUCCAGUCUCCUCCUCCUCUCCCUAACCCUUAUGGUUCAUCAUUCAAUUUGCACAUGCAGGCAAGUCCCUACAACUCUCAAGUGCCUCUUACCCACCCCUUCAGUGCCCCCUGUAGCCUGGCCUACAGUAACACACCUUAUACCUCUGCAAUGCCCUGUGGACAUCAGUGUAAUUCCCCAUUCCACACUCCACCUGCCCCAUUCUCCCCAUUGUCUGCUUCAUUCCCAUCCGAAACCUCAACACCACCCCUGACUAUGGGCAGUACGGAAAUGCAGCUGCGUCGAGUCCUGCAUGAAAUUCGAGGCACCGUCCAGAGUUUUGGCCAGAGCGCUUCUGAGCAACGUGAUGGCACACCCUCAGGGCUCCACAGUCCACACCAAGCUGUCCAACCACUCUAUGAGGAGCUGCAGAGGCGGCGAAAGAACCUGAACGUUUUCCGGACUCAGAUGAUGGACCUUGAGCUGGCGCUGAUGAGGCAGCAGUCCACGGUUUAUCAGCUCCUCACUCCCGAGGAGAGGCAGGAGGCGGAGCAGCUGCAGAGACUUCGCCUCGCUGUUCGUCAGGAGCUGCAGGAGUUGGAGCAGCAGCUGGAGGAUCGACUUUUCACUCUGGACGAUCAGUUUCACUCGGCUCGCAGCAGCCGUCUCUACCGCCAUCCACUGGAGAUUUGCAGGGGUCAGAGCAUGGACAGUCUAUCCAGUUCCUCUGCACUCAGAGCUACAGAGCCGGUAAGUGAUCUCUUGCGGGAGCAGAUGUAUCUCCAGUCAGAGCUGAGCUACGAUACUUCUGCUCCAGUCGACACACCGACCUCAGCUCGCUCAUCUAGAUCAGCGAGUCCAGUGCGAUUCCGUGACCCCAGUGACCACGCCUCAUCUCUAUCAAGGACAAGAAGAGGAGUGUAUCGCUCAACAGUCAGCCUAACACCCUCCAUCCCUCCGAGAUCGGGAGCAGAGGGCCAAGAGCAAACAACAGUGACCAACAUGAGCUCUAGUCGACCUGAGGUCACAGCUCAGAGGGCGGCGCACUGCGUCUCAGACCACAGCGAUGAUGCUAAAGAGCGUUCAUUUCAGGAAGACAGAAGAAGAGGAGAAGAGGAAGCUUGUGGAAAUGCUCAUAUGCAGCAGCUCAUCCAACAGAUUAAGCAGAGUCUCACUGAUGAGAUCAGAAAGGAGGUCAUCAAUGAUCUUCUCACUGCUGUGUUGCCGCAGAGAUCUCCUGUCGCGACACAAGAGCCAACACCAUGACAGUGGUGACUCGCUGAAGAGGAGGAGUGCUUGGGAUCUAAACUCUGAGGAAACACUGCCCUCUUGAGCCUGUCACACACUACUGCAGCUCUAACAGACACCGUCUAGCCAACUGCCUUCCCAGUGAACAACUUCUCCACUGCAACGUCCUGAACACCUCGACCUGAUACUACUGCUCCAGGGACAAUCAUCAUCUCCCCCUCACAGCAACAUCUGCAGUCCUGCAAUCCCUCACACCCCCAUGUGCAGCCCCAUGCUAGGGAGAUAACGCACCUGCUCGGGCCAGAGUAAUUGUCACUUUCAAAAUAAAAGCACAGUAUUCUGUACCUUAACUAGCAUUUCUUAAGACUGUAUAAGAUCGAUUAGAGUUUUAAUAAAUUUUAAGACUCGUUUUACUUAAAUUUUAAAUCUCCUUCACUUCAGCUAGCUAGUUAGCUAAGCUGGCAUUAGCUAGCUGAAAACGAAACACAGACUCCUAUAAUUUGCUAAUUCAGUGUAAAGUAUAAUUGUGACUAGAGCAUAUAUUUAAUACAAGAUGUGCAGCUUAUUAAUCUACAGUACAGUUUUGUGCAAAAGUUGAUGAUGGAAACAUUUAUCAUGUUUGUUAAUUUCACUUUCUUAACUGUUUUUGGUAUUUAAAAUUGAAAAGUUUUUCAAACAUGUUCACACCUCCGCCCAUGCUGGGGCUUCAUCCAUGUAUGCCAAAUCAUCUCCCACCCAACGCCAGGGCUAUAUCUGCCCAAGCUCAGACUACAAGUGGAUACUUUCUCAUCAAGGUAGGGCUCCAUUUCGCCAAGCCUAAUCUUCUCCGUCCCAAGACGGGAGUCUCAUGCCGGCUGGGAAUGUUUGAUGCCCAAGCACAAGUUUCUCACACCCAAGCAGAGGAUUCUCAUGCUCAAGUGAGCCAUUCUUGAUUUUUCAAACCAGGCAAGGACUUCAUCCACCCAAGUUGGGGUUUCAUAUGUCCAAGUCUAAGCUUCACACACUCAAGCGAGGGAUUCUCAUGCCUAGUUGGUGGUGAUUGCUGCCAGGGCAUACCAGGGCUUUAUCCUCCCAAGUGAAGGCUUCAUCUGCCAAAGCCCAAGCCAAAACUUCUUGCACCCAAGUGAAGUGAAAGGAUGCUUAUGCCCAGCAGGGGGUGUUUGCUGUCCAAGCCAGGGAUUCAUCUGCCCAAGAAGGAUUCUCAUACUCAACUGGGGGAUUCUUGCACUUAGUGCAGCAAUUCUUCUGCCCAGGCAGUGGCUUUGUCCAUCCAAGCCCAAGAAAAAUUCCCAAGUGGGGGAUUUUUCCAAGCUGAGGUUCUGUCCACUUAACCAAAGGCUAUAUCCAUCAUCGGGUCUGCAGUUGGUUCUCGUUGCCCUGUCUGACGGACUACCACAGGAACAUUCGUCCACUCCUGAAAUACACUGUACUACCAACUGAAAAACUCAAGCUCAUCCAAGUAGCCAUUCAUUUAUCUUCUCCCACUGUAGAUCCUGGAACUUCAGACACUACUCCACGGCAAACACUUUUCCAAACCGGACCAACAAGACUUUCUGAAGACCUCAACCGGACAUUAUUACCACAUGGGGGGGGGGCUUGCUGCACUGGAUUUUUUUUUUUCUUACUACACAGGAUCAUCCAUCUGAACACAAUUAUAAAUGGAUCUGCUCCUCUCCUCCACCUGAGUGCACAUGUCAUAGUAUUCCAGACCUUUUUUUUAAAAAAAUGACUAGAGAAGCUGCAAGUCAUUUCAUAUGAACGUUAUAUGGUACGCUGCCAUUUUCCUGAAAAACUCUGAGCUGUAGUUCUUUCUUUUAUUUUGUUUCGUUAGGUGAAAGGUGGCCAGGGUUGAUGAUGAUCACACAAUGUAGGUGAUGGUGAAAGCAUUUCGGUGUGUUUAUGUACAUAUCUGUAAGCCUUCUAAUGCAGCCUCUGUGAGGUACUAACCGUGCAAUAUGUUUCACUUGAACUGACCAGUCACAACUGCUGUAGGCCUGCCACUUUAAAAAGAGGAAGGGACACAAGUGUAACAACACACACACACUUUUUUUUUUUCCCACGAAAUUGAGUCGUACACGAGCUGAUAGUCGACGAGGCGUGUCACACCGAGUUGUCUAUAAUCCAUGUACGACGAGAUUGAGCGGUAUAACUGUUUUAUUCUAUCCGCAUUCACUGGAUUUUGAGAAACGGAGCAUUUUUUUGUUGUUGCAAAUUUGAUAACUUUUAUACAAAACAUCCGACAAUCAUUUCCGCUUAGAUUGUAAACAAACCGGCGAAAUGACAGGAGCAAUUUGUGAAAAAUGCGAUGAUAAUUCUUGAAAAAUUUUUUAAAAAGAUGCGUUCGUACCAUCAAAUACUUUUAUUCCAUAUUUUGUUGCUUUCCUUUUGUUUUUUGUGGUUUUCUAGUAGUUUUUAUUUCAUCCUCGGUUGGUUCAGCAACACGCUCUGACGUUUUUUCUCUACUCAUGGGAUAUGAGCUGAUAUCCUAGUAGUAGAGUAGCCAAUCAGAGUGCACGAUUGCUCAUAUCCAGUGAAUGUGGAUAGAAUAAAAUACAUACAGGCACACGCGCCCGCGCGCGCGCACACCUCCAAGUUUUUAUCAGGAGUCCAUGACACGCUUUACGUGUAGGAAUCAAGCUUUCUGACCACAAGCACUAAACCUGUUAUUGUUGCUUCGGUCUUUUAUGACUUUUUUUUUUUUUUAUUCAACACAGCAAUCAGUAGUUUGCUGCGGGAAAAUAUUUGAAGUUAGGGGUUUUUUUUGGUGUUUUUUUUUUUUUUAAACAAAAGUGCCAUGCUGAAUGUCUUCUGUGCCUUUUGCAAGCAAAUAUUUUCAAGUGUUCAACGGAUGACUUCCAAGCCUUGCGUAUGCGACGAGGCAGGUGAUUUUCAUAGCGGAUCUUUGUUCUAAUGACUUGUAAUACUAACUGAUUGACAUGACUACAUUUUUUAAGGGACAUGUUAACUUGUUAUUUGGGAUGCAUGAGGAAUUUAUCUCUCAAACAAAUCAUUAAUAAAAAUCUAUUUAUUUUGAAUAUA